AUGGGGAACCUGGCUCUGCUGCUGGGGCUGGCUGUGCCCACCACUGUGGGCCUGCACAUGGUCCUGCUCAGGCUGCUGCUGAUCAUAGGUUGUGGAGUGUUCAUGGCCUGGGCGGCUCUGUACCGCUGUAACCUGGACGUCCUGGUCUGGAACCUGGUCUUCCUCAUCAUGAACUUCAUGCACCUCUUCUUCCUGGUCUACAAACGCAGACCGAUAAAGAUCGACCGUGAGCUGCGCUCCGUGUACAAGCGCAUGUUCGAGCCGCUGCACGUGCGCGAGGCGCUGUUCCAGCGGCUCACGGGGCAGUUCUGCACCAUCCAGACCCUGAAGAAGGGACAGGCCUACGCCGUGGAGGACAAGACCUGUGUGGACGAGAGGCUCAGCAUCCUGCUCAAGGGGAAGAUGAAAGUUUCAUAUCGGGGCCAUUUCCUGCACAACAUCUACACAAACGCCUUCAUCGACUCUCCGGAGUUCAGGUCCACAGAGAUGCACCGCGGCGAGAAGUUCCAGGUGACCAUCAUGGCGGAGGAGAACUGUAAGUUCCUGUGCUGGUCCCGUGAGCGGCUGACAUACUUCCUGGAGUCAGACUCGUUCUUAAACGAGGUGUUCCGGUACCUGAUCGGCAAAGACAUCACCAACAAACUCUACUCUCUGAACGACCCCACCCUCAGUGACAAGGCGGUGAAGCAGAUGGACAGACAGCCCAGUCUGUGCUCGCAGCUCUCCAUGAUGCAGAUGAGGAACAGUAUGGCGAGUACCAGUGACACGGACGACGUUCUGCAGCAGAUCCUGAGAGGAGGCUCCGGGGGGUCCUCUCUGCAAAAGUCUCCCAGCACCAAAGCGUCCGCAAAGAUGAAGCCGAUUGCAGAAGGUCUGGAGGAUGACGUGUUUGAGGAGAGUGCGAAAGCCAGCCGCCUGUCGAGUACGUCCACCGAGGAGGAGGUCUGA